UUUAUCAGUUAAUUUAAAUCUAUUCACCGAAUUUUGUCUUCUUUUGUAGAUCGUUGUAACAUUUCAGUAUAAGAUAUGUUUCGUUAUUUAUACUCCUUGAUAAUUUCACUUGCUGCAUUUUUCACGAACGAUGAUGUUGUUGUGCAAACAAAAUAUGGAAAAAUACAGGGUGUACAAACGUCAAAGAGUCGCGCAUUUCUUGGUGUACCCUACGCUGCACCACCGGUCGGGGAAAUGAGGUGGCGACCUCCCGAACACCCGAGUCCGUGGUCUGGUAUUCUUGAUGCUACAGCAGUAAAAGCUGGAUGUUAUCAACUGGCAUGUGCUUCUAUGAAUCCACCUAUACUUUGUCCAAAACAGGUCUCUGAGGAUUGUCUUUACUUGAACAUAUGGACGCCAGUUAACGCUUCAGCAGAAAGUCGUCUGCCAGUGAUGGUUUUUAUACAUGGAGGGAACUUCGUGCAUCUAAGUGGAGGAUCUCUUCUUUUCAGAGGGGAAGACUUUGUCAGUAAAGGACAAGUGAUUCUGGUUAAUGUGGACUACAGACUCGGCGCAUUUGGCUUCCUUGUAACCGGGGACAAGGCUGAAGAUGCUAAGGGAAACUAUGGAAUAAAGGAUCAACGUAUGGCGUUACAGUGGGUUCAAGAAAAUAUUAAGACAUUUGGCGGAGACCCUACAAAGGUUACGCUGUUUGGCCAGUCGGCAGGGGCCCAGUCAACAGCUAUACACCUUAGCAACGGCAAAGCCAAUGGCUUAUUCCGCAAUGCUAUAGUUGAAAGUGCACCUUUUGAUAUCCGUUAUAAAACGAAAGAGGAAGUGCUGUUGUUAGGAGACUUCAUUGCAGAAUUUGUUAACUGUACAGGUGCUGAUAUCACAUGUCUGCGAACUAGGUCAGCAGCAGAUAUAGCACUAGCGGAGCAUGAGGUCAGGUCUGUUAUUACUUCACCAUUUCUGUUGGAACUAUUUGAGCCGAUUGGUCCUUGGAUUGAUGGAGAUGAAGUCAAAAUGGAGCCGAUUGAUUCCGCACACAAGGGACAAUUUCAAAACAUUCCAAUCCUAAUGGGGACAUUAAGUGAAGAAACAAGAAUAUUCGUGUAUGAAGCAUGGAAGAAGCCAUUGAGAUUACAGACUUAUCUUGGAAUUGUAUUACUCGCCGAUCCAAAAAAAUCUCUCCAAAUAUUGGACAAAUACCCUCCAAAUAAAUCCACUGAUUGUCGUGAUACGUUACAAGAAUUAGCAACAGAUUUGAUAUUCACGUGCACAGCUAGAAAUGUGACACAAUCAUUACAGACAUUCACACUCGUCAUUGUAUUUAUACAUUUUUAAUCAUGCUUUUUCCUGUAAAGGAGCCUGGAGUAAUUUCACCUUUUGCGAGGGCCAUGUCUGUCAUGGCUCAGAGUUACCGUUUUUAUUUCAUACUCCGCACUUAGCAGGUUAUCACCUUAGUCCAGAUGAGGAACAGCUAUCCACGGAAUUAAUAUCAUACUGGUCGAACUUUGCAUACACUUCAAAUCCAAAUGCAGGGCCUCAUACUAUUAAUUUAGAAUGGCCGAACUACAAUUCCAAACAAAAUACUAUCAUGCACUUUCAAACGCCACAGAACGAACUAGUAACUGAAUAUAGAAAAGAGUUUUGUGAUUUCUGGGACGAGAUUGGUUAUUAUAUUUAAUUGAAUUCA